AUGUCCAAGAGCAGAAUAUUGGUCGUCGGUACAGGAGGAAUUGGCACCAUAUGCGCCUACGCCUUAGAGAAAGGCGGCUUGGCGGAGGUCACGGCUGUGAUGCGAUCAAACUACGAUGCAGCCGUGGAAAAUGGGAUUGAUAUUGAAUCCGUCCAAUGGGGAACAGUGAAAGCUUGGAGGCCAGCAGCCAUUGUCAAACACGUCCCAAAUGUCUCUGAUGGAGACGCAACACCCUUCGAUUUCAUUCUUGUCACAACGAAGAAUAUCCCAGACGUUCCGCCCACGGUGGCUGAGAUCAUCGCCCCAGCUGUGACUCCAGGAAAGACGGCCAUCGUCCUGUCUCAAAACGGCAUCAACAUUGAGAAGCCACUGAUAUCCCGGUUCCCUACCAACCCUCUUAUUAGUGGCGUCAUUUACACCGGUGCAAAUGAAGUUGCCCACGCGAAAAUACGCAGCGACGAUCCCGACUGCCAGAAGAUCGGUGCCUUUUCAUCUCCUGGAGUACCCUCCACUUUCGCCGAAGAAGCUGCAAAGCGCUACGUUAAACUAUACAACCCCCACGGCGAGCUGGAUAUUGUCUACGAGCCCGACGUUGCAGGAGUUCGAUGGCGUAAGAUUGCUUACAACGCCUCGAUGAACCCAGUCUCCUCUAUCCUGGGCAUGGACACUCCGCGGAUGCGAAUGAGCCAGCAUGUCAUUGACGACUUGGUCUUACCCAUCGUCCUGGAGAUUCGUGCUAUUGCCGAAGCUAUUGGGGUGACGUUGCAGCCCGACCUCGUCGACGCAGUCAUACACCAAGAUCCUGAUGACACUGCCUUUAAGCCUAGCAUGUGCCAGGAUUACGAGAAGGGGAAUCUGAUGGAGAUUGAGAAUCUUAUUGGAGAGCCAAUGCGUGAGGGUGAGAGGUUGGGUGUUCCUACUCCUACACUGCGUGUGAUUUAUGGUAUCAUGAAGGGUUUGCAGCUGAAGGUGAAGGAGGAGAAGGGUCUUUGGACGCCUGAUUUCAAGACGGGAAACCCGUACAAUUAG